GCUCUUCAUUUAUAUUUAAAAUAUAUUUUAGAGAAAAAACUGAAAUGGGAAACGUGCGCUGGUUCGACUUUAAAGUACUAAAUAUAGAAAACCAGUUCCAAAUUAGAUUAGGAAUGUGUGUCAAGGUACGAAGAGUAGCCCAAAAAAGAGAUUCGAAGAUGACUGCAAAGAAGGGAGGACGACGCAGUGACCUGCAUCAUACACCCCCUCCACCCGCCUAUUGGCGACGGCGAGGCUAUAAAGAGAGUCCGGGCGGAGAGAGGACUUCUUGGUGCAAAAGAGACUGAGAUGGGCGGAAGUGCUUCCCUGGAACGUGUGACGCAGCAACAAUGUGGAUCUCGGCGGCUGUGGUAACACUGAUUGCCUUCACGCUCCUGGAGCCGGCUGAGGAGGUUGAAGCAGGACACUCCCGGCUAGUGAUCCACACGCCGCAGCGGGUAAAGGUCAUUCACAGGUACCACACAUCAGAGCGCUACGCGAAGAACUACAAGUACGGACACGACUACAGCCACAAGCCCAGGAAACUCCACCGCAGUAAGAAGGGUCGGGGUCGACGAGGGCGCUACAGGAAGCGCUACCUCAGGAAGGUAGGGCGCAGGACACCGUUCACCGGCGGCAAGAGCUACGGGAUGUAUAACUACGCCAAACACUACAGAAACUGGGCACCUCAGCGCAGACCGCAUGCAACAUAUCGACAACACACGUACUUUCCCAUUCAAGACAGCCAGGAGGACGGUGGACACCAUGCAGAUUCUAAUUAUCACGAUGGCGAAGAUUCGAGCAAAGAGUCGAGACCUUUCGAGAACGAAAUUCGUGCAAUUGAUUACUACGCGCAAAGAAACGGGAACUAUGACAGACACGAAGUCAGCAAAAGCAGCACAUGGCACCAAGGCAGUCAGCAUGAUGACGUCAACAAGAACGCUUUUCUUUCAGACAACCCGUCAGGUUGGAGCCAUAAUCAGGGUUACUCUACACUGCCCGAAUUUACCAACACCCACACUUCAUCUGGAAGCCACAAAUUUCGCUCCGCUGCCGGGCAAGAAUUUCGGAUGAUCAGCAACCAGAACCCUGGGGAAAACCAGAGGUUUCCAUUAAAGAACCAGAACUUCGAAGAUGGGCAGGAGUUUCGAUUAAAUAACCAAAACCCCGUGGGCAACAAGGAAUUUCGAUUUAACAAUCAGAACUUCCAAGAUGGGCAGGAGUUUCGGUUCAAUAAUGAGAACAGCGCGAAAAGACAAGAUUUUCGGUUUAAAAAUCAGAACUUCGGGGCUGAUCAGGAGUUUCGAUUAAAAAAUUAUAACUCUGGACACGGACAAGAAUCGCGACUCAGUGUUCAGAAUUACCCUUUUCUGCAAAAUACGCAAUUAAACAGCCAUAAGUUUGGGAGUGGACCAACUUCCGCUGUUACGCAUGAUUCAAGACACAACAGUCAGAAUUUUGGGGGCACACACGAAUUACAAUUUAAUACACACACACAAAACAGUGACCAGAAAUCGCGAUUAAAAGAUCAGAAUUUCGGGGGCGUGCAGAAUCUAUGGUACAAUACCCAAAAUUCUGCCGAGCGAUACAAGAAUCAAAACUCUGGCAGUGGCGGACGGGACACUGAACCCAGUUUCUCCACUUCCAACGGGAACUCCAACACUAACAGACCUCACACAGGUACAGAACAGAGUCAAAAUGGCGCAGAUAACUUUCAUCCCAAUCCCAAUUCUGACGAUUUGUAUUAUAAAGCUUUCCGUUCUUUUUCGUUUAGAAGGAAUCCCACUCAAAGUGGUACCAAAGCGGGACAAUAUAAUUCUUUCUCAGGAGAAGAUGCUUUCAAUGCGGGGGUUGUCCCACAGUCUUCAUCUCAAAAACACCACAGCAGCGUCACACACAACACCGGACAAAAUAAAUGGUACAACGACGGAACAGGACAGAACAAGGACCACGAUAUUGGGUUUUUUGAAGGUCUGGAGGACAUUAAUGAUAAGGCAGGAGUUUAAGGUUGUAAAUGAAUGGAACAAGAUCUUUCUUGAGAAGCUGAUACUCACAUGUUGCAAAUAGCAUUACUGCAUUUCUGGAUUUUGUCCAUCGUUUAAAAUUCGGAACAGAAUAUGCUGCGAAAACUGGAUGCAUUUCUGUCCUCAAAUGGAAAAGUGAGGAGUACUUAUUGAAUUGUAUUCGUUAGGCAGAACUAACAUCAAGUGUAACGAAAAAUAUUCGAAGAGCUGCACACUGAAAUAUUAAAAUAUUAGUGUUCAAUCUAGUCUUUGUUGAUUAAUGUAAGAUUUCUAUUUUGUUAUACAUGUAAUAGAUUAUAUUUCAAAUAAAGAAUAUUAUUUGUAGUUUCUCACUAUGGACCGAA